CAAAGCCAAUGAUACAUAUUUUUUUCGAAAUCACAUACGCAUAUUGAAGGUCAGAUAUUAAACUAGCCACACAUAUAUAUGGGGUGUAGACAAUGUUAGGGACACAGUCAGGUCUAGACUUCGAGGGGAUUCAUCAGAUCUCACAAACAAUGAAUCGUUUGCUUGUAGCUUUGUCCGUUCUGUCAAUCACCUCCGCCGCACCAGGUGGUUACUAUGGUCACGGUGCUGGUCUUAUUGGUCCCGCUACUGCUGGUGUUUCUUUAAUCGCACCCGCCGUCGGUCAUAUAGGGCUUGCAGGUCCUGUGGCAGGACCCACAUCCUUGGUUGGCCCAGCUGCUGGUCCAGCCUCCCUUGUAGGACCCCACACCGGCCCAGCUUCCCUUGUAGGACCUGCUACAGGCCCCGUGUCCCUGGUCGGACCCGCUACAGGCCCAGCUGCUCUCGUCGGACCUAGAACUGGACCCGUGGCAAUCGCAGGACCCGUUGCUGGACCAGCUUCCAUUGUUGGACCCAGGGCCGGACCAGCCUCUAUUGUCGGACCAUCCGCCGGACCCGCUUCUAUUGUUGGACCAUCCGCUGGACCUGCUUCUAUUGUCGGACCCUCUGUUGGACCCGCUGCCAUUGUCGGAGCUAGAACCGAAGGUGUUGCUAUUGCUGGUCCUGCUAUUGCUGCUCCACUCAUUGCUGGACCCGCCCUUGCUCUUGGUUUAGGAGGUGGUUUAGGAGGUGGUAUUGGAGGAGGUAUUGGACUUGGAGCCGGCACUGCCAUUGGAGCUCAUGGUGUUUCCGUAGCUGGACCAAUCGCCGUCCCUGCUACAAUUACUGGACCUGCCGGCACCGUCCACGCUGAAGGAGUUUGGGGCCCAACCCUCGCACAUGGUCAUAAAUACUACUAAAUAUAAUACGACUGAACCCCUUGUAAAUAUUACUUAGAUACCCCAUAAAGAAGAAUACAUAGUCAAAACGAAACAAGAAAUUCAGUAUUUGUACAUAUAUAAUAAAUAAAAUUGUUCGUUCUUCUUUAAGAUUGUAUCUGAGUAACAUUUUACUAACUAGAACUGACUCUGCCUUUCUGAUAAUAUGUUACCGGUUUAUUGUGUGUUUUGUAUGAUAUAAUUUAUUAGAGCAAAUGAGUUCAAUAAAGUACUUUAUUGCUAUAA